AUGGAUAUUUGGGCUGAGAUUCAUACACAUUUUGCAUCUGUAGCUCAUGAGAAAGACUCGAUACACCUCUUCAUCUUUCUAAUGUGGCACAUAUGGAAGCGAAGGAACUGUUGGGUGUUUAGAAAGCAACACAUUGAAUUUCAGGAGGUUGUCAAUACAACAAUCAAUCACCAUGAUGAUUACUAUACAACCCAAGUUAUCAACCAGAACCCGCAAACAUCAUCCUCUACAGUUCAAAGUGCCCUUAUUCCUCCACCGAUGGGUGUCAUCAAAAUCAAUUUCAGUGCAGCCACUAACAAGCAUCAACAAUAUGGAUCAAUUGCAACCUUUGCUAGUGACCACCAUAGCUUACCAUGUGGAUGGGCUUGUAGAAGGAUAGUAGGAAUUUCAAAUCCUCUGAUCUUGGAAUCUCUAGCUUGUCGAGAAGCACUUAUCCUAGCCAAAGCUAAAGGUUUCUCUAAUGUUAUCAUAGAAGGAGAUUCCCAAGUUCUCAUUCGAGCCAUCCAAGGGAGUACAACUGUAGUUGAAAUUCAGGGAAUUCUACAUGACAUUCGUCAUCUCUCAAAAAUGUUCCCCCAUGUUGAUUUCUCAUUUGUUAGAAGAGAGUGUAACCAAGCAGCCCAUAGCCUGGUAUCAAAAGCUUUAAGGGACCCUUCUUUCUCAUGUAACCCUUUAGCUCAACUUAUUUUUGUAUCUUAUGCUUUACCCCCUUAG